AUGGGCGUCGUGGCACUUACAUUGUUAUUUUUUGCAAAUAUUUAUGUGACAAGGUCGGAAAGCCACGUAUCGCAUGUGGAAUGGAUUGAGAAGCCUACAAAAGAGAUUAAGAGUUGUCUUUCACCGGAUUUAGAGCAUGAGGUAAGAGUUUUUCUUUUGUUUGUUUACUUUUAGGUGUGUUUGCUCUGACAUUAGGUAUGCAGGACUGCGAAAAUAAGAUUUUUGGAGGUAAAAUGGUAUAUUCGAACUGGUCAGGGCUAUGUUAUUUCCUUUUAAGUGGGAAAUCUUUAUCUCUCUUACGAACUUUAUCUCUCUUCUUUUCAUUUUUGUCUAUUUUGACCACGUCAUGUAUACUUGAAUUGUUUCAUUAAAUUCUCUUAAAGUCUUGCUAAAUUAAGUUCAGCCCAAGUGUUAUUAGAGUCGUUGAGAGCUCAGCCCGCCUUGACCACUCGAAUUGGGUCAGAAGUCUUGUCUUAUUAUUGAUUCUUCAAUUUUGACCUAGAGUAAUAUAAGAAAUUUUUUCAGGAGCAACUGGCUUGCCGAUUUUUCGCGGCGGUGAUAGAUGCUGGGUCAACAGGUUCCAGGCUACAUUUAUUUGAAUUCUCUCAUGAUCCCACAGUAGAACAUAGUCCUUUCAAGUUGGAAUCAGAGACAUUUAGACAGGUAUGUGUGGAUUUGUGUUUUUCUUUUGGUUUUUAGGGUAAGACACGUUGAAUGUAGAUGGAUAAUGAAAUUGUGCUCGAAAAGAUACUUUGAGUUCAAAAGAAAAAAUAUUUUCAGUCCAACCCGGGUCUAUCAUCUUACGCGGCUGACCCUUCAAAAGCGGCCGAGAGCAUCAAACACUUGAUAGAUCAGGCUCGGCCGAAGAUCCCCAAGGAGCUAUGGUCUCACACUCCAAUCGUAGUAAAAGCCACUGCUGGACUGAGGCUACUACCGGCGGAUGAGAGCGAUCGAAUCUUAUAUGAGGUCGAAGCCGAAGUCUUGCGAAGCGGGUUGCUGACUGAAGAUGAAAGUGUUGGGAUCUUAUCUGGAAUCGACGAGGGAGUCUUUGGAUGGUUCACAUUGAACUUUUUAACCGAUAGACUGCAGCAUCUCCAGGGGAAUGGUUUGUUUUUUAUGUUGUAGUAGAUGUCAGGUCUAAAUUAAGCAAAAAGUCUUAUCAAACAUAGGUUUCUUCUUUCUGAUUAGUGUUUAUAAGUAGUGUUAUGACAUUUAUAAUCCAUUUUAAUUACUAAUUUCUGUACUUUCAGUUGAAAAAUCGGCAGUCGCUCUUGAUCUUGGUGGAGGAUCGACUCAAGUCACGUUUGCCCCAACAAAUCCUAGCGUAGCGUUCACCGCCGAUGCCCCAGAAGAUGACUUCGGUCAUCAACUCGAAGUAUUUGGCAAAAAAAUUAGAUUGUACACACAUAGUUAUCUUGGGAAUGGAUUAAUCGCGGCUAGAUUGGGAAUGUCAAGAUUGAAGUCCAAGGAGGAGGAAAGCGAUCUUUCGGUUGAUUGUUUCCCCAAUGGAUAUGUAUUGAAGAACUGGGAGUAUUCUGGAAGAAAUUGGACGCUAUGGUGAGUGGAUUUUGGAAGUUUGGUUUUGCCGAGCUGCGCCCUGGGUUCAGUGGUUUUUUGAAGAAUUCGGGAGAGAAAAGGUGAAAAUUGGAAGUCGAUAAGAGCGAUUAUUUUAAAGAUUUUCAUGAAAGGUUUUUUCGUUUGGGUUACUGUAACAAAAAUGGCAGCCAUUUUUUUCAAUUUUAGGCUGUCUUGGCUAAAGAAAGGUUGUUUUUCCUCGUUGUGAUGAUUAAUUGUCUACUAGGUUGGCACGAAAAAACAGACUGCUCUUUAUUCAUACUGUAACAUCAAGUUUUAGUGGAACUUCCCGCCGAUCUUUCCAAUCCUGCCAAAAUUUGGCCGAUCAAUACGUAAAAAAGACCAAUGUUCGGCCAGUGGCUAAUUUGAUCAAGAAUAGAGACAUCUACGUCUUCGCUUACUUCUUCGACCGCGCCGAACAGGCUGGACUUACUUCCGGGGCGGACCAGAAGGGCCAGUGGAUCAAAGUCGGAGAUUACAAAAAAGCGGCCGAAAAGUUCUGUAAAAUGGACCAAAACGAGUGGGGAAAGGAGCAUUGGAGGCCGUUCCAAUGCAUGGAUUUGAGCUACAUCUACUCCUUGUUAACUACGGGAUAUGGAUUGACAGAUGAAACAAAAAUACAUGUGAGUUUUGGAACUUUUUGAAGGAAAAUGUGGGGUUUUCUUGGAAAAAUUUAUAAUUAAAAAAAAUUUUUUUAAUUGCAACUGAGAUUUUAGCUACCGAAAAAAUCAGGAGGGAUUUGCGACGCAUUGAGAUUGUUUUUUAAUAUUAUUUUUGCUUUCAGGUAUCGAAGAAAAUCAAAUCCAUGGAAGUUUCAUGGGCCCUCGGUGCUGGAUUCCAUCUCCUAAAUACGUAUCAUGAGAACUCAAAACAACCACAUGCAUCGUAUGCAACACUCAAAACGGACAAUUCCACGCAAAAUGAAACCUAUGUUCAGCGGGUUUACACCUACUUGAGCGAAAAGGCCACCGAAUUGUUGGUGGUACUACGGUUAAUAUCGUAG